CGAAACAAGAGUACACAUAUCAAACGCACACAAAGAGUGUGUUAAAAGAGACAAAAAAAAAAAGCAAGCAAGCGAAACCCCAAAGCUACCAAACUUCCCAUUCCAAUGGCGAUUCCUGUUAAAGUGUACGGACCACCCAUGUCCACAGCUGUGUCCAGGGUCCUAGCUUGUCUCUAUGAGAAAAAUGUCGAGUUCGAGCUCAUCUCCAUUAACAUGUCCAAGGGCGAGCACAAGAAGCCUGAGUUCCUCAAGCUCCAGCCCUUUGGCCAAGUACCAGCAUUUGAAGAUGAGGGUAUCUCCAUCUUUGAGUCUCGAGCGAUAUGCCGCUACGUUUGUGACAAGUACGCGGACAAAGGAAACAAAGGACUAUACGGAACAAACCCACUGGCAAAAGCAUCCAUAGAUCAGUGGAUAGAAGCAGAAGGGCAGAACUUCAAUCCACCAAGUUCAACGCUGGUGUUUCAGCUCGCAUUCGCGCCUCGAAUGAAUAUCAAGCAAGACAAAGUAGUGAUCAGGCAGAACGAAGAGAAGCUGUCGAAAGUGCUUGACAUCUACGAAAAGAGGCUCGGGGAGGCUAGGUUCUUGGCUGGGGAUGAAUUUUCUUUGGCUGAUCUUUCACACUUGCCCAACACUCAGUACUUGGUCAGUGGCACUGAUAAGGGCAAUUUGUUCACUUCGAGGGAAAAUGUGGGGAGAUGGUGGGACGAGAUAUCGAGCCGAGACUCUUGGAAGAAGGUGGUUGAUAUGCAGAAGGGUGCUUAGAAAAUUUGGUUGGCAUUUCUUGAAUAAAUUGCUUCAAUCCGGAGAAUUUAUUUUCUCCCCCUUUUUUCCUAGUUUUUUGGCCGAGUCCAAAGAGAUCAAUGGGAUUUUGAUCUCUCUAUGUGUAAUCUUUCAAUUUCAGAACACUUAAAAGGGAAAUUCAUUAAUUUUCUACUAGCAUUAUA